AUGCCAUAUUACCCAUACUUCAGCCUUGAGAAGGUUUUCCAGGAUGCCUUUGAAAUAUAUAUAUUGCCUGAUGAAGAACAGGAUGAUGAAGAGGAAGAAAUGGAAGAGGAGGGGGAAGAAAUAGAAGAGGAGGAGGAGGAUGAAGAGGAGGAGGAUGAAGAGGAGGAGGAGGAAGAGGAGGAGGAAAUGGAGGAGGUGGAGGAAGAUGAGGAGGAGGGGGAUGAUAAAGAGGAGGAGGAAGAAACUGGAGAGGAGGAGGAAAUAGAAUAUGAGGAGGAAGUGGAAGAGGAGGUGGAAGAGGUGGAAGUAUCAGGAGAUAUGGAGGAAGUGGAAGAGGAGGAAGAAGUUGAAGAGGAGGAGUAUGAAGAGGAGUUUGAGGAGGAGCAAUGUGAGAGCAUUGACGGUAAUACUGUGUCUUUCACAUUAUCUGCCACUUUAAAAAUCUCUUUCCCUUCCUAUCCUCCACCUUCCACCUUCUCAUCCCAUCCUGUGACCUGGGGCAAUCCCAGUGGGGUGGAAGGUUCUGUUGCCUGGAUGAUGAGUAUUUCUCAAAGCCAUCAGAGCUUGUAUACCUUCACAACAUGCAGCAACUUGGAUGAAGAAUGCAGCAGCCAGGAAGAAGAGAGUUUCAACAUUCUCUCAUGGAGAAAACUCCAAAACCGAAAGGUGACUGAACUGGUGAAUUUCCUCAUCCUCAAAUAUAGAAUGAAGGAGCCCAUCGAGAAAGUGGAAAUGCUCAGAGUUGUCACCGAAGACUACAGGAAUCAAUUCCCCAUUAUCUUUGAGGAAGCUUCUAAGUGCUUGGAGAUGAUUUUUGGCAUUGAUAUAAAGGAAUAUGAUGCAGUAGGCAGCUCCUAUGUCUUGACCAACUCACUGGGCCUCACGUAUGAAGAUGUGAUGACUGACAACCAGAGACUGCCCAGAAAUGGCUUCCUGAUAGUUAUUCUGGGUGUGAUAUUCAUAGAGGGAAACUGUGCCUCUGAAGAAAGCAUGUGGGAAUUCCUGAAUAUGAUGGGAAUAUAUGAUGGGAAGGAGCACUUCAUUUAUGGGGAGCCCAGGGAGUUCCUCACUGGAGAAUUAGUGUACCAAAAUUAUCUGAUAUAUCAUCAGGUACCUGAGAGUUAUCCACCACGCUAUCAGUUCUUAUGGGGUCCAAGAGCCUACUCUGAAACCACCAAAAUGAAAGUCCUUGAGUUUUUGGCCAAGCUUACAAGUAGAGCGCCAACUCAUUUCUCAUCCUUAUAUAGUGAGGCAUUCAGAGAUCAGGAAGGGAGAGCCAGAUUUGGAAAGGGCCCCUUGGCUUAG